AUGGGUCACGCUGGAGAAAGUAGUGAUGCUGCAGCUGCAGCAUCAAAGGAUUCAAAGCAGAAAGCCAUUGAUGAUUGGCUUCCCGUCACAGCUUCCAGAAAAGCGAAAUGGUGGUAUUCAGCUUUCCAUAAUCUCACAGCCAUGGUUGGUGCUGGUGUCCUUAGCCUUCCUUAUGCUAUGACACACAUGGGCUGGGGUCCAGGUGUUACCAUCCUUAUAAUGUCAUGGAUCAUUACCUUGUACACCCUAUGGCAAAUGGUUGAGAUGCACGAAAUGAUUCCUGGUAAGAGAUUCGAUAGGUAUCAUGAGUUGGGGCAACAAGCCUUUGGGAAGAAGCUGGGUCUUUGGAUUGUGGUUCCCCAACAGGUUGUUGUUGAAGUUGGCACUUGUAUUGUCUAUAUGGUCACUGGAGGAAAAUCAUUAAAGAAGGUUCAUGACACCCUUUGUCCUGAUUGCAAAGAAAUCAAGACCUCAUAUUGGAUUAUCAUCUUUGCUUCUGUGAACUUCGUUCUUGCCCAAUGCCCCAACUUCAAUUCUAUUUCUGCUAUCUCUUUUAGUGCAGCAGCCAUGUCAUUGACUUACUCAACCAUUGCUUGGGUUGCUUCCAUAAAAAAAGGGGUUGCACCAAAUGUGGACUAUGGCCUCAAAGCAAAAAGCACUGCUGAUGGUGUAUUCAACUUCUUCUCUGCUUUGGGAGAUGUAGCAUUUGCUUAUGCAGGUCACAAUGUGGUUCUGGAAAUCCAAGCAACAAUGCCUUCAACCCCAGAGAAUCCUUCAAAGAAACCGAUGUGGAGAGGAGUUAUUUUGGCAUACAUAGGAGUUGCAUUCUGCUACUUCCCUGUUGCAUUGAUUGGAUAUUAUAUGUUUGGAAACUCUGUUGAUGAUAACAUCCUUAUCACAUUAGAGCGCCCUGCUUGGCUUAUCGCUGCUGCUAACUUGUUUGUAGUCAUCCACGUUAUUGGAGGCUAUCAGGUAUUUGCAAUGCCAGUGUUUGAUAUGAUCGAAACCUACUUGGUUAAGAUCUUAAAGUUCCCCCCCUCUUUUGCACUCCGACUAUCAUGUCGCACAAUAUAUGUUGCAUUGACAAUGGUAAUUGGCAUAUCCAUCCCCUUCUUUGGGUCUCUUCUUGGAUUUCUUGGAGGAUUUGCCUUUGCCCCAACAUCAUACUUCCUACCCUGCAUCAUAUGGCUUAAACUCAAAAAACCCAAGAGAUUUAGCUUGUCUUGGAUAAUCAAUUGGAUCUGCAUAGUUCUUGGGGUAGCGUUGAUGACAUUAUCUCCAAUCGGUGCUCUAAGGAAUAUCAUCUUGUCAGCCAAGAACUACAAGUUCUUCUCUUAA